AUGCAUUCAUCUAUAACAACGCAUAACGUUGAGAUAAAUGAUGAAAUUACUAAAAUGAAUGUCUAUGAUGAUAAUGGAUAUUUACCUAUUCACCGAGCAACUUUUAAUGGACUUGAAGUAAUUAUUAAAGGAAUCUUAGAAGAUGCUGAAAAACAUAAUGAACUUAAUUCACAAUUAGAAGCAACAACACAUGAUAUUGAUGAAUUUACUCCAUUACUCUUAGCAACUGCAGCUGGUCGAUUAGAAACUAUUGCUUGUUUUCUUGAAUAUCCGGUGAAUAUAAAUGUAAUUGAUGCUCGCGGUCACGAUAUGGCUGCGAUUGCUGCACUAUCACAAAAUGAACGUACAUUUCGUUAUAUUAUUGAUCAUCCUAUUAUAACUAAUCAAUAUAAUGCUUGGAAAUCUUUAUUUAAAUUAAUUAUAUCGAUUAAAGAUGAAGAAAGUAUUAUUUGUGGUCGUAUGCUUGAAUUAUUAAUUCGUCGAGAAUUAAAUAGUUCUUCAAUAAGUCCAUAUUGGACUCCUAUGCUUGAAAAUGGUCUAUUAAAAACAUUAAUUCAAUUAUUUUCUUUUACAAAAAAUGAUGAUAUACUUUUAAAUACUUGUAUUUUAUUAUUCAAUGUAAUUACUGAAGUACCAAUAAUAAAAAGUGAUUUUAAAACAUUAGAUAAUCCAUUUAGUGCCAUAUUAAAACAUACACGUUCAAAAAAUGAUCAAAUUUUAAUAUUAAUCGGUCGUAUAUUAUAUUCUCUUAGUACAGAUAAAUCAUUAAUUGAUUCAAUGGUUGAACAAGGACUUAUGGAAUCAUUAUUAAAACUUAUUACAAAUCAACAUUCAUCACAAAUCAUUUGUUCAUAUUUUGAUUGUUUAUCAAAUAUUAUAUCAUAUUCAUUUCUAUAUCAACAAAAAAUUUCAAAUGCAAAAGAUUUUCUUUUAUUACUUGUUAAUGUUUAUUUAGAAGAUUUUGAUUUAAAUUUAUCAUUAUCAGUUAUACGUUUUAUUCGUCAUUUAGUUAAAAAUAAUGAAUCGAUUCAAAAUGUUCUUGCACAUUAUGGUGUAUGUGAACAUUUACUUGGUGCAUUAACAGUAUCAUCAAAAGAAUUACAACAAGCAUCUAUUGAAGCUAUACAAGCAUUAAGUUAUAAAAAUCAACAAGUACAACAAAUUUUAUUACGUGAAAAUGCUAUUGAACAAUUAUUAAAUUUAUUAGAUAAAACAAAUAUGUCAAAUUUACAAAUUGUUAUUGUUUGUACAUUAUGGACAUUAUGUGAAACAAGUUCAACACGUAAACGUGAAGUAGCAACAAAAAUUGGUGUUAGGAAAUUAAUUAGUUUCUAUAUGAUUAAAUCUGAUGAACAUUUAUUACCUAUAACAGAUGCACUUUAUGAAUUAACUCAAGGUGCACCAACAAUUAAAAUGAAUACACAAGAAGAAAUAAGUCGUGCACAAGGAAUUCCUUAUCUUAUUCGUCUUCUUAAAUUAAAUGAUGAAAUGCUUGUUUUAAGUGUUUUAAAAACUUUACAAUUAAUAUGUUGUGCGCCAGGUUUUGUUGCAAAUCGAACGAAUCAAGAAAUUAUUCUUAAUAAUGAUGGUAUUAAAUUAGUUGUCGCAUUAACAAUGCAUGCAAAAAAUGAAAUUGUUCAAGUUGAAGCAGCUCAAUGUUUAGCUUGUAUUGCUUUGACUAAUAAUGAAUGUUCAACAGUUAUUGAAAAUACAUUAGAUUUUUCUUAUUUACAUAUUAUUUAUCUAACACAAUCAACUAAUACUGAUGUACAAUUAAAAGCAUCAAAUGCUUUAGCAACAUUUAUAUACAAUAAUUCUCAUAUACAAUCACAUCUUAGUAAACAUUAUCAACUUUCAUUUGAUUAUUUUGAAAAAUUUCUUCAAACAAAUGAUGAUUAUAUACGAUGUACAGCUGCAUUUCAAAUUGUUGUUUUAUCGAAUUUAAUUUUUGAACAAAAACGAUCAGUUAAUAUAGCUAUUGGAUGUGGAAUUCUUAUUGAUCUACUUCGAUUAUCUGAAAUAGAUAAAAUUAAAUCAUUAGCUGCUGAAUGUUUAGCUAGACUUGCACAUAUGAAAUCAGGUUCGGAAAUACAUAAACAUACCGGUGUACCACAAUCAUUAAUAGCAGUUGAUGCAAUAGAUUAUUUAUGUAAUUUAUUUUCGUCUCCAAAUGAUAUUACUAUUGGUAAUGCAUCAGUUGCACUUGGAUUUUUAACUUAUAUUCCAGAAGGACGAAGGAAACUGUUGAAUAGAUGUCGAAGUGAACCGGAUAUUAUGGGCUUUCUGAAAGUAUACAACUGUUUAGCUAGUUUACCACCACGUCUUUCAUCAUAUUUUAUUGAAGAUUGGGAACGGUAUCAUACAUUAAAAUUACCUAAAUUACGAUCUCGAGGAUCAAAUAUUCGAUAUUUUCGAGUUAUUUCAAAUAGUAUCGAACGAGUACGAGUAGCACCUUCAUCAAGCCAUGAUAAAGAACAAACAUCAUCAAUAGCAACUAAAUUUUAUACACCAUCUAUCCGUUUAAAGAUUUAA